AUGGUGAAUGUUAUCCGUAAAUUUCUGUCCGCAAAAAAAUGUUUUCGGACGCUAAAAAAAUUUUUUGUCCGCAAAAAUUUUUUUCUGUCCGCAAACCCCCCUUUUUUUGUCCGCAAAAAAUUUUUCUGUCCGCAAAAAAUUUUUUGUCCGAAACCCCCCCAUUUUCUACCAUUUCUUACCUAUAAUUUACCUAGAUAUGUAUUUGACAUCAAAUGUGAAAUAAAAAUUCUUGAUUAUGAUGGAGGUUUAUGGGAUGCAUCUGUUUUGGCUGUUUCUUGUGCCAUAACACAUUUUAAAAGAAGUGAUGUUAGUUAUAAUUCUAUAACUAAAAAGCUUAUUGUGCAUUCAAAUGAUAAACCACCAAUUCCUUUAACUGUUUAUUACAAGCCGGUAACUACUACAUUUGGAUUUAUUAAUGGAAUUGAGGACCCAAUAAUAGACCCAACAAUGGAAGAAUCUCUUUUAGUAGACGGAUUUUUAAUUAUUGGGGCUAAUCAUCGUGACGAAAUUUGUUUAAUUAGUCAAAGUGGAAAUUUGAAUGCAAAUCAAAAAUCGAUCGAAAAAUGUUGUGAAAUUGCUUUAAAAAAUGUUAAAGAAUUAAUUGGGUAUAUUAACACAAUUAAAAUUAAAUAA